CUCUUUAUUGCUUGACCAACCGUCGUCGCGAGCAGUUGAUUCCGUACCCAGUACUAUAUAUAUAUAUAAUUUACCGAUAAUUUUUUACACUAGCGUCUUGUGUGUAUUUGUGCCUUUGUGUUCACGUUAAACAACUAAUAUUUAAUUACUAUUGAAACCUUCUAGAAACUCGAACCUCUUUCGCCUAACAAUAUCGAACCUUACCUUUGUGAAAGUGCAAUAAAUCGCUAAAAACAAGAAAACUAAAAAAAAUAUAGAGUAACUCAAAAGACCAUUGAACCAAAAUGACGAAGAACAAAAAUCAAAAAAAGAAGGCGGCUGCUGCCCAGAAGACCACCACGAAUCUGCCGGACACUAUCUUGACGCCGCCAGCAAAUGGGCUGGUGGGGAAGACGACUCCACAAAACAGUCCAUUCGCCAAUGGAAAUAUUCGCAAGCCGCCAGUGCCCUGGGAGCGCGAGCUAAUUGGAGUCUUUCUGAUGAACAUGGCCGAUCAGCAGGUGAUCACUGCCCGCAAGGAGUGGUAUGUGGAGAAGGAGAAGAUUCGUCAGAUGUUCAACCUAUUUCUGGCCUCCUUGCCAAACGGUGGAGAAGUCCGCCUGAAGCUCUCCGUCCACGGAGCCUGGAAUAUUGGAUCUUUGUUGCAUCGGACAAACUUUUUGAUCAAUACGCCGCGGGGGAACCCUAACUAUCGCAUCAAGAACUUUGCCUUGAUGGAGUUCCGUAAGGAGAAGUUCAAUGCGAUCGAUGAGAAGCAUCGCGAAUCGUCGGUCAUCCCCUCAGUUCCAGGUGCUGUUUCGGAAGGAAAUAAACCCAUAAUCGAAGAAUAUGUUCUUGAUAAGAACUCUGUGGCCAUGCCAUUGAAGUAUCAGAAGACACAGGUUCAGAAGCCAGUGGGGGAUUUCGAGCUGAACUCCUUUGGCUGUUACAUUUGCCAGGUGAACUUCGAGACAAUUGAGAAGUAUGAGGAGCAUGUGGAGUACCAUGGAGAUGAGUCAGAUUUCAAGUCUCUAAAGAAAAUGGAGAAACUCAACUGCCCCAUGGUGACGCUCUCAUACCAAACAUGCGUCAACAGCCACUACUUUGGAUUCACGAUGAAGACCAACCACAAGGACUUGGUAGUGGACAAGUUCAUCAUUGUGCAGUUACGCCAGUUCUACUAUGUGUACAAUGCUCGUAUGCCACUGGAGGUCUCUGAGAGCGGAGAACUGGUCUUCUUCGUGGACUCGCACGUUUUCAUGAUUCUCCGGGAAAUGCCCAUCGUUAUCGGAUUCACCAGCGGUGGCAAGCGCUAUGUGGAGCAGCAUCACUUCAUGAGGACGGAGGCCCUGCCCAAGGCCAGCUUCAAUGUGAAUCCCUAUCGCUUGUCGAACAACGAGACCUUCAAGAGUCAGGGUCUGGCCCCGGCCAAUCCGCCAACGCAAGUUUUCCGGGCACUGAAGCACGAGGAUGCCCAGGUCCGGCUGGCGGACUAUGACAAGCAUUAUCGGAACUAUUGCGAGCUCGGCAAGGAGCUCACCCAAGAGAACCUGGGCGGAACGCUACGCACUCUGCUCCAGGUAGAGGAUAUCGAACGGCUGCAGCACUAUCUCGGACUCAAGCAGACCAAGAUGGAGCUGCACCAGUUCGGCCGGGAACUCUCGGUGAAGAUGCAAUUGGACAGCAACAGCAUGAGUGUCGAGGAUGUGCUGUCGCCCGGAGACGAUGUUCUGAUCAUCAACGAGCGCGUCACCCAAGGCACCGCUGGGGGAGUGCGUCAGAUGCUGGAGAGCAACAAUCUGGUUAUGGAGCUGGCCCUCAAGGACUUCGACUCCAUCAUUCAGUGGGCUCGCAAAGUCGACGGUCAGUUCGGUCAGCUGGACAAGCAGCCUCGCGUCUACUUUGCCCGCAUCCUGGGCGUCUCUACGCAGCGUGUGAACAUUACUUGCGAGCGCCAGCUGCCGGAUAACACCACCUAUACGUUGAUAUUUCGUCCAGUACGGGCGGUAAUGCGCUACCAGUACCGAGCUCUCCAGCAGCUAGCUCUCACCAACAGCACCGAUGUGCAGCGGAUUCUGUUUCCGGGCGAGCUUCCCCCCCAAUCGAAGCCAGUUGGGAUCUUGGAGCUGAACAAUCGGCUGAUUGGCAGCAAUCCGGAACAAUUGCAGGCGGUGCGGCAAGUAGCACUGUCGAAGAAACUGCCAGCUCCCUACAUUAUUGUCGGACCACCCGGAACCGGAAAGACGGCCACUAUCUGCGAGGCAAUCUAUCAGCUGUAUGUGAGACGCCCGGAAACACAUAUCCUGGUGCUGGCUGGUUCCAAUACCGCUUGCGAUGAAGUAGCUCUGCGGCUGCUCCGGGCAAUAGCCAAGGCUCCGGAGAGCCACCCGCGCCCGCUCACGCGCAUCUUUGCCGCUAGCUGCGAUCGGCGUAUUGACAACAUAGACGACAUGCUGCUGGAGUACUCCAAUAUGUACUCCCUGCACUUUUAUCCGGCCGUGCAGGCUGUGCACCAGUACCGAAUCGUGGUGUGCACGCUCAGCUUGGCGGGAAAGCUGUCGACCGGUGGGUUCGCGAAAGGCAAUGUGUUCUCGCACGUGUUCGUUGACGAGGCGGCGGCCAGUACGGAGGCGGAAGCCCUCAUGGGCAUCACCUGCACCAUAUCGCCCACGACCAACCUGAUCCUCUCCGGGGACCACAAGCAGCUGGGACCGGUGCUGCAGUCGCAGCGCGCCAGUCAAUGGGGUCUGUCGUUGUCGCUAUUCGAACGCCUGCUCCAGAGGAACUGCUACCAGGUGAAAGAUGACGGCAGCUACAACGAAGCCGUGCAGACACGGCUUAUCCGCAACUUCCGAUCCCAUCCAGAGAUCGUCGCCCUCUACAGUGAUCUCUACUACGGUGGAAAGCUCAAGGCCAAGGCGCCAAUGGAUAGUGUUUGCAAAUUCAGGAACUGGUUCCACAUGCCCAAUCCGGACUUUCCCAUCAUGUUCCAUUCGGUCUUUGGUACCGUGAUGAACACGAAGAGCUCCGUAAGUUUGUGCAACAACAAGGAGAUCGAUGCUGUCAUGGACUACGUCAAGGAUCUGAUGUACUUUGGCCUGAACGGGGAGAAGAUAGCACAAACGGAUAUAGGAAUCAUCUCGCCGUACAAGAACCAGUACCAGCGCAUCCAGGAGCAGCUGAAUAUGCGCAGUUGGUCCCAGAUAGACUGCGGCUCGGUUGAACUGUUCCAGGGCAAGGAGAAGCAGGUUAUCAUCGUAUCUUUUGUGCGAUCCUUUACACCCAAGCUGGGCUUCCUGGACAAUGAACGGCGCCUUAAUGUUUUGCUGUCUCGUCCGAUGUCCUUGCUCAUUCUGAUCGGCAACCCCCGAACCCUGAGCCAAAACAACGACUUCCGGCGCAUCAUUGAGUUGUGCCGUGACCGGAAAACACUGGUGGGAGUUCCAUACUACCGUGAGGAGAACAAUAACGGCAAGCAGAACGGGCAGUGUGGGCAGAGUCCUCCGAAAGCUACGACUGGCGGCGUUCGAGGUGCUGUCGCGGAACAGCCAUCUACCGGCUUGGUGCAAACCCUAAAACGAACUGGCGUUCAGAAGAAUCCCGCCCAGGCGGUCAGGUUCUUCUACAACAAAGAAGAGUUGCUUAAACUGGGCAAGGAGGUUAAGGUGAACGAGAAAUCGGAGAUGGAAAAGUUCUUCGACGAGCUGCCAAAGGUGCCUAAGUGCUUGGACGACGGUUCCCAGUCCGUUCGUUCGAUAACGAAGCAAAUGAAGGAUCUUAAGGUGGAGCAUAUGCCGAAGGUGGCACCAACACCGGUAGCGCCACCGAAGCGUGUAGCAUUAGUUACCCCAUCUGUGGCGACUCCAGCGCCUCGGGUUAAUCCUGUAACGGCUGCACCUGUGAGUGUUACUACACGUGCCACUGCUCCACUUGCACCAUCACGUCCAGUUCCAGUGGCAGUGCCCCGUACUCUUCCACGGCCAGCCGAUAAUCCAACUCUAAGGCAUACGUCGGAGAUGAAUGCCUCAUCGUUCAGACGGGAAAAUGCCCGAUACGGGAAUGGAGUGCCUUUCGCCCGCGAAGUGCACGAGUCCAGUAGCUACCAGGCUACCAGGCCGACGGCAUACAGUUAUGUACCCACCGGCACUUCGAGGUUUGAGAAUUCGAGACCCUUGCCAGAGGAGUACCGACGUCCACCGCCGUUCUAUGAGAAUCACGGCAGCUGGAAUAACUUUGGCAGGCCGUCAUCGUUUAGUCCGCGGCCAGCAACGCCGCCACCCAAGGAGAAGAAGUCGACGUGUGUCAUUUCAUAAUUUUGGCUUCCGCGGAGACGUAUCUCCAAUCUAUGAGGACGUUGCAGCUGCUUGGCAUAACAAGUGGCUGUAACGUCCUUUUUUUGACUUUGCUGUUGGCAUUUGUGCGAUCUGCGAUCAUCCAUGCGCCAAUCAGCAAAACACCUUACCAAAUAGAUUCGCAUUUGAUGCGCGUCCACGUGAAUAGGAGCUGCCGGGACCAGAGGACCCACACCCAUGUGUGUGGCUCCUGGCCGGCAGCUCCCGCUUGGGCGGUCAGUUGCGAAUGUAAUUGAUUUGAGCAUAGACAUGGACAUCUCAAAGUGAACACAUUUCAGUUGCUAUUGCCCAGGGUUUCUGAUUAAUGUUAUGAAAGCUAGUCCUCCUAUCCUAUAUAUGUACAAGUGGACUAACUUUCAUAACGAAAAUCGUAAACCUUAAGCGAUUUCAGUCGUUAUAUGUUUAGAUUUGUCUUUGGAUGUUUCAGAGAGUAUGUAUAAAUAUGCCAGGGGAAUCAGCUUCAGAAAGGAUCAAUUUCCCCAAAAAAAAAAACAUGUAUAUUAGAGUUCUGCAACUGUUCCAUAUCCAUGUAAGAGAAUAAUCAUCCAAAAAUAUACGCUUUGAGAGUAUACUCCAUGUUCUAUUUAGUUUAAGAUGCGAUAUGGGAAGCAAUAAGCACCUCUUUGUUCAGUUUAUUAUCGAAAAAAAAUAUAAAUAACAUAAUGAUUCAAAUAAAAAGACAAUAUUAUAUUAAAAA